UGCGCCUGCGCAAUUUAGCUGUGUCGCCGCACCUCCUAUCAUCUGAUAUGUCCACAAUGUCUGUGUUGCUGCGCGCCUUAUCGCUGCGGUGUCAGCAAUGUGCUGUCGGUCGCCUGCCACUGCAGAGAUCUACGGUCAGGUCGUGGCUGGUCAACAGGCGCCGAUCUACACUCACAGCUGAGGCUGUCCGAGCACAGACCCCACAGGCUGUUACAGUGCCCAAUGCAGCCACCAACCGCAUUGUGGGCAAAUGGCUGGUGGGCUGCAGUGGACUGGUGGUUGGGGCUGUGGUUCUGGGUGGAGUCACCAGACUGACUGAAUCCGGCCUGUCCAUGGUGGACUGGCACUUAAUCAAAGAGAUGAAACCCCCCCAGACAGAGGCUGAAUGGGAGGCCGAGUUCCAGAAGUACCAGCAGUACCCAGAGUUUAAAAUACUCAAUCAUGACAUGACUCUACAGGAGUUCAAGGCCAUCUUCUACAUGGAGUGGGGUCAUCGUAUGUGGGGCCGACUGGUGGGCCUAGCCUAUAUUCUGCCUGCAGUCUACUUCUGGAGGAAAGGCUAUUUCACCCGCCCUAUGAAAGGCUGUAUUCUGGGCCUCUGUGGAUUUGUCUUCUUCCAGGGACUGCUGGGGUGGUAUAUGGUAAAGAGUGGUCUGGAGGAAAAACCAGAGUCCUACGACGUGCCUCGUGUGAGCCAGUACCGGCUUGCAGCCCACCUGGGUUCUGCCCUGGUACUGUACUGUGCCAGUUUGUGGAUGGGGCUUUCCCUGCUCCUGCCCACACACAAGCUGCCUGACACACGGCAGCUUACCCUGCUGCGGCGGUUCGCCCGGGGGACUGGGGGUCUUGUCUUUCUCACAGCCCUCUCAGGGGCUUUUGUGGCUGGCCUGGAUGCUGGCCUGGUUUACAACUCCUUCCCCAAGAUGGGCGAGCGCUGGGUUCCUGAUGACUUGCUGGCCUUCUCCCCUUUCUUAAAGAACUUUUUUGAGAACCCCACCACAGUACAGUUCGACCACCGCAUAUUGGGCAUCUGCACGGUGACGGCCAUCACAGGGCUCUACUUGUUCUCCAGGAGGAUGGUGCUGCCUCGGAGGUCCAAGAUUGCUCUGAGCUGCCUGCUGGCGAUGGCUUAUGCCCAAGUGGGUUUGGGUAUCAGCACUCUGCUCUUCUAUGUCCCCACUCCGCUGGCAGCCACUCACCAGUCUGGCUCACUGGCACUUCUCACAUUGGCCAUGUGGGUCCUUGCAGAACUCCGCAGGGUAGCUAAGUGAUGGCCUGAGUUGUACUAGGCAGAGCUGCAACACGUGCAAGUACAGACCACCUGCUCUGGACUUUCUUUUCCUGUUAGAUGCCCCCAUCCCAUUCUCCUAAAAUUUUCCCCAUUAAGAUCUUAUCUGAAUAAGAAUGUAAAAUCAAAUUUGAGUUUCUUUGUGGAAAAAUACAUAUUUUUAUAUUUAAUGAACAUCCUGCAGUUUUAAGGUUCAUUUUUGAAAAUAUGUGUAAAGGUAAAGGACUUCAGCUGAUCUGGUAUUUGCUGGUUGAUGAAUCAUUGGUUCUAUAGAUUGAAACUGCAAAGCCUUAGAAAGUGAUUUAUUGUGGGAUUUUGCACUUUUAUUAGGUUGCUGGUGUACAUGGUAUUUUUUUACUUAUGUUCUGCUCUGCACAGAUAUGUAACUGAAUUAUUUGUGUACUGUAUACAUCUUCUUGCUGAACUGAAAUAAAGUGUUUAAGUGUACACCCUACACAUGUGAUGUGUUCC